CAGGAAACAAGAAGACAGGCCCAAGAUGGAGGCAGCGGCAGCCGUAGCGGCGUGACAGGAGCCCCAUGGCACCUGCCCAGCCCCGCCUCAGCCCAUCUUGACAAAGUCCUAGGCUCCAUGGAGCCACCACGGGGACCCCCUUCCAACGGGGCGGAGCCAUCCCGGGCAGUGGGCACUGUCAAAGUGUACCUGCCCAAUAAGCAGCGAACAGUGGUGACUGUCCGGGAUGGCAUGAGUGUCUAUGACUCGCUAGAUAAGGCCCUCAAAGUGCGGGGUCUCAACCAGGAUUGCUGCGUGGUCUACCGGCUCAUCAAGGGGCGAAAGACUGUCACAGCCUGGGACACGGCCAUUGCCCCCUUGGAUGGUGAGGAGCUCAUUGUGGAGGUCCUCGAAGAUGUCCCACUGACUAUGCACAAUUUUGUACGGAAGACAUUCUUCAGCCUGGCCUUCUGUGACUUCUGCCUUAAGUUUCUCUUCCAUGGUUUCCGCUGCCAAACCUGUGGCUACAAGUUCCACCAGCAUUGUUCCUCCAAAGUGCCUACAGUCUGUGUCGACAUGAGUACCAACCGCCGACAGUUCUACCACAGUAUCCAGGAUUUGUCCGGAGGCUCCAGACAGCAAGAGACUCCCUCCAGCCAACCCCUGAAUGAGCCACUAACCCCUCAGGGACCCAGCCCCUGCACCCAGCACUGUGGCCCUGAGCACUUUCCCUUCCCUGCCCCGACCAAUGCCCCCCUCCAGCGCAUUCGCUCCACGUCCACCCCCAACGUCCAUAUGGUCAGCACCACGGCCCCCAUGGAUUCCAGCCUCCUCCAGCUUACUGCCCAGAGUUUCAGCAAUGAUGCUGCUGGUGGUAGAGGUGGUGGCGAUGGAGUCCCCCGGGGGAGCCCCAGCCCGGCCAGUGUGUCCUCAGGGAGGAAAUCCCCACAUUCCAAGUCCCCAUCAGAGCAGAGGGAGCGGAAGUCCUUGUCUGAGGAGAAGAAGAAAGUGAAAAAUCUGGGGUACCGGGACUCAGGCUAUUACUGGGAGGUGCCACCCAGUGAGGUGCAGCUGCUGAAGAGGAUUGGGACGGGCUCCUUCGGCACGGUGUUUCGCGGGCGCUGGCAUGGUGACGUGGCCGUGAAGGUGCUCAAGGUGGCCCAGCCCACAGCUGAGCAGGCCCAGGCCUUCAAGAACGAGAUGCAGGUGCUCAGGAAGACACGCCACGUCAACAUCUUGCUAUUCAUGGGCUUCAUGACCAGGCCGGGAUUUGCCAUCAUCACACAGUGGUGUGAGGGCUCCAGCCUCUACCACCACCUUCACGUGGCUGACACACGCUUUGACAUGGUCCAGCUCAUCGAUGUGGCCCGGCAGACUGCCCAGGGCAUGGACUACCUCCAUGCCAAGAACAUCAUCCACAGAGAUCUCAAGUCUAAUAACAUCUUCCUACACGAGGGGCUCACAGUGAAGAUUGGUGACUUCGGCCUGGCCACAGUGAAGACGCGGUGGAGCGGAGCCCAGCCCUUGGAGCAGCCCUCGGGUUCUGUGCUAUGGAUGGCGGCUGAGGUGAUCCGUAUGCAGGACCCGAACCCCUAUAGCUUCCAGUCAGAUGUCUACGCCUAUGGGGUCGUGCUCUAUGAACUCAUGACCGGCUCGCUGCCCUACAGCCAUAUUGGCAGCCGUGACCAGAUAAUCUUUAUGGUGGGCCGUGGCUAUCUGUCCCCGGACCUCAGCAAAAUCUCCAGCAACUGCCCCAAGGCCAUGCGGCGCCUGCUGUCUGACUGCCUCAAGUUCCAGCGGGAGGAGCGGCCCCUCUUCCCCCAGAUCCUGGCCACGAUUGAGCUGCUGCAGCGGUCACUCCCCAAGAUUGAGAGGAGUGCCUCGGAACCCUCCUUGCACCGCACCCAGGCUGAUGAGUUGCCUGCCUGCCUGCUCAGCGCAGCCCGCCUUGUGCCUUAGGCCCUGCUCCCGGCCACCAGGGAGCCAAUCUUCAGCGUGCUACAGCUAGGAACCCUGCUUACCAACCAAUCAAAGGCCUGUUUCUACCCUGAUACUGCCUCAGGAUAACCCCAUCCCCACCCUGGGAGAUGAGAGGGUUCCUAAUUGCUUUUCUAGUCCCUCUGGAAUUGGGGGAGCCCCCAAAACUGAGAUCCCCUGCCUCCACAAUUUGGUUUCCUCUUGCCUCUGAGGAUACUUAUAAAUUUGGGGUCUCCUCCAUCUCCAAUGGCUGUGAUUUGGGGCAGCCAGGUUCCACUCAGAACUUUGCCUGAUGUGCCUUCCACUGGAUUUUUGGGGUCCCCAGCACCCCAUAUGGAUUUGGGGGCUCCUGCCCCACCAUUGAAGGACUACUCUGUUAAACAAAUUCUGGGCCUUUGCUUGUUUAUUUUGCUUCCCGACU